AGGAGAAGGAGGGGGAAAGGGGGGGUUGGGGGGCCGCGCGCGCCCUCACAAGCUCCCGAAAAUCCUGGCCAUGUUGUGCUGCUGCUGCGAGUGGCGGAAGUGUCGACCUGGGCCCUUUCGGGAGGCCUUCGCCGCUACUCGCCGCCUCCCUCGAGCCCUCACGCCGCCGGGAGGAGCGGGGCGACGGCGAAGGCAGAGAUUCGGUGAUUGCGGAAAAGGGAGUGACCUAGCCUGACCUCACGCCCCAGGGGUGAAAGCGAGUAGUGCCACGGAAAGGAAAUCCCAAGGAGAAUGGCUGUCCAGUUCAAACCACCCACACACCCACACGCCCCAACCGAAGCCCGCCAUGAGGCGUGGGGUCUCGGGGAACCAAGCUAACUCUAGACCCUCCUCCCCCUCCUCCCCCCCCCCCUGCCCCAACGGUCCACUAGGCCUAUGAAGUUUAGUGGCUGUGGUGGGCUGGUGCUGGGACGGCUCGGUCGGGGGGGGAUGGGAGAGUCGAACAGCGCUACGCAGGCCUACCUUUCCUCCUCCCCCUCGGCCCCUCCUCCUCCUCCGGCUCUUCCCCUACUCCUCUUCCUCCUCUCCUCGGAGCCGCUGUGUGUGACCCCCACGCUGCUGUUCUGCUGCCUGAUGCCUGCCACGCCUCCUAGCAGAGGGGGUGGGGGGAGAGGCCUAGAGCAUGAUGCUUCGACCUCUUUCCCGCUCCUUCCUUCGCCUCCUUUCCCAAUUCCUUCGCUCCCUCCAUCGUCUCUUUCCUCUCACUUAUUAAGCUGCGUACUGAAUGCCUCCCCUUCUCCGCUCCCUCCUCUUCCCUCCUUCCUUCGUCCUCUCCCUUCUCUUUUCCUCCCUUCCCUCCAACUUACCACGUGGCUCAGCGCUGGUACAGCGGCCUCGGCUCAGCACUCCGACAUUAUACAGCACAACACACGCCCAAGAACAUGAAAGGGGAACGGAAAAAAAGAUAUCUGUUUCAUCAACAUUGUGGUUGUUGUCCUAAGAUGGCCGUUCUCCUCUUUAUUUUAGUUACGUAUGAAUAUUCACCAAUUGCGUCGCAGACUGUGUGGCCGGGAUGAAGUCGCAUGCCGGGAUAAGUGAUUGUGAGUGCGUUCCUCCUGCCAAGAUCAUGAGGAGGGGGAAGAGAAGGAGGAUGAAGAUGAAUAUGAGAAAGAUGAGAAUCGAGAGUGUAGAGAAAAGGGGGGACUUUGCCGAGGCAGGAGGAGAAGGAGGAGGAGAUGGUGGAGGAGGAUGAAGACGUAAGAGACGAGGAUGGAAAUUGAAGAGCGAAGAGACGAGAGCGCGAAGAGCCCCGGUUGGGGGAUAUCAACCAGCAGCGUCAAAACGCGACCAGACAAAUGGUGGCGCGGAGCAUACAGGAGACGUUGCGGGCGGUCGUGGGCGUGCCCGAAGAUGUACACACCGUCUUGGAGAUCAUGAACUCUCUCUCGUCGAACGAUGGUGUUGGUGAGGCAGUCUCGGACACACCCGUAAGUUGGGACUUACUUGAGGAGGCGGCGGUGAGGACGGAACUCAUGGAACAAGUGCCCCAGAUCGCGGUGCUGUGCCACGAGUACCCGGAACACCUGGGCGGGGUCGUGGCCAACAACCUGGUGCCCAUGGUAGUUAAGUACCUCACAGACCCCAAUAACCAGGUUCGCAAGACGUCACAGGCGGCGCUGCUGGUUCUGCUGGAGCAAGAGCUGGUGUCCCGCUCGGACGUGCACGAUCAGGUGUGCCCCGUCAUCCUGGACCUCACCUGCCCGGAUGCCAUGGACGACUUCAAGACAGAGGCUGUGGCGCUCAUGUCCAAGAUGGCGCCCCUGAUCGGGCGGGAGAUGACCGAGCGGCUGUUCCUGGAGCGGUUCACGCGCCUCUGCUCCGACGCCCUCUUCCAGGUCCGCAAGGUGUGCGCUUCCAACUUCGGCGACUUCUGCAGCGUGGUCGGCACGCAGCCCACCGAGGAGGUCCUGGUGUCCCGCUUCGUGUUCCUGUGCGAGGACGGCGUGUGGGGCGUGCGGAAGGCGUGCGCCGAGGUCUUCAUGGGGGUGUCGUGCGCCUGCUCGCUCCCCACCAGGAAGAACAAGCUCUCCCCGCUCUUCGUCUCCCUACUCACAGAUCAGAGCAGGUGGGUGCGCGUGGCUGCCUUCCAGAACCUGGGCCCGUUCAUCAGCACCUUCGCCGACGCCGCCGUCACGGGCCUGCACUACAACGAGGAGGGCGCGCUCGUCAUCGGCACGCCGCAGGGACCCGCCGUGCACGCGCAGGAAUUGAAUGCCGACACAGUGGUAGUGUCCGGGAGAGGGGACGACGAGGCUCAGCACGACGCCCCCCCGGCGCAGCAGGAGCACAGCAGCCUCCAGAGUCCGGAGCCGCCGCAGGAGGAGGACGACCCGCGCGCGGCGCAGGAGAGCCCGUUCGAGUCCCAGCACCACGACAAGUGCGAGCCGGACGUGUGCGACGGGGGGGGCGGCGGCCGGGUGCCGGACUUCAACGCGCAGGUGGAGCCCAUGGAGGUGGAGGAGCUGCCGGACAUGAUACAGGACCUGCAGCCGCCGGACGGGGGGCACGAGCAGAGCGCGGAGGAGCGGCGGGCGCGCGCCUACAUUUUCUCGAGCGUCGAAUCAAACGCGGAGCCCAAGGAGGAGCUGGCGACGGCGGCGGCGACGGCGACGCGCGGCUCGGCGGCCUCCGACCCGCCCGACAGAAUCGACGACGCCAGCAGGGCGUCGAGCGCGAAGGGCGAGGUGGCCCCGAGCGCGGCCGUGCCGGUGCCGCCCAACUCGCUGCCCGGCGCCAUGGAGGGCGGCGCCUCGCCAAGCAACUCGCUCACCGUGUCGGGCACGGAGGGCCACCUGCACGUCCACCUGGACAACAACCCGGCCUUCAACACGUUCAACUACUGGCGCACGCCCAUCAUGCCCAUCGAGCUGCCCAUCCCGCAGAUCGAGGUGGACAUCGACAUCAUGGGCCAGACGACCAACGUGUGCGUCAAGGCCAAGGUGCAGGAGAACGACGGCACGUACCAGUCGCAGGUCAACCUGACCAUGGCCACCAACACGGGCGCGCCCAACAUCACGCUGGCGCCCACGCCCCAGGACAAGCAGGCCGGCGACAGGCCGCCCGGCACCACGAUAGAGGCUGAGUUAGACGCCCUUGCAGCUUCCCUAGAAGGCGUGACAACCACAGAAAGUAGUACAGAUGAUAAUGCCUUACAAGACCCAAAAUCCAGUAAUAAAGAUAGUCAGAGCUCGACCGUGGUGAGCGUCUCGGGGCCGCAGCAGGCGACGUACGCGCAGGUGUGUGCGGCGUCCGUGACAUCGGUGCAGCACAAGAGCGAGCCGCAGCCGUCCAUCCUGGCGUCACGCCUCGCACAGGCCCGCGUCAGCAUGUCCGGCGGCGCCGUGACGGAGAUCAAGAAGCGGGAGAUGGACGUGGUUUCGCCGAGCGACUGCGGCACCAGCGCCUCCAGCACCGGACCCAGCCUCCCGCCGCAGCCGCCCGUCCUGAGCCAGAGACUGGUCGACCAAUUCACAGUGAUGCUGCCGGGAAGCAGCGACCAGGUCUCUGGCAUGGCAGAGCACUCUUCGGGUUCCGCGGAAUUCACCAACCUGAACCAGGACAUCGUGCCCAAGACCUUAUUGGAACACUACAUCAGCAUGACAGACCCGAUGAGAGCAGAGACCGUCGAUAACGAGCUAACCCGGCACUGUGCCUACUCCUUGCCGGCAGUGGCCUUAACGCUCGGCAGACAGAACUGGCCCGUCUUGAAGGACACCUAUGAAACUUUAGCUGGUGAUAUGCAUUGGAAGGUGCGGCGAACACUAGCUUUCAGUAUACACGAACUAGCUGUGAUAUUAGGGGAGGAGAUUGCCCAGAACGACUUGGUUCCGGUGUUCAACGGGUUCAUCAAGGACUUAGACGAGGUUCGCAUUGGAGUCCUGAAGCACCUUGCUCAUUUCCUGCGAUUGCUGAGACCGCAGAACCGCCGCGACUACUUGCCCCGCAUGGACGAAUUCCUGCGAACCGACAAUGAGAACAACUGGCGAUUCAGACUGGAAUUAGCGACCCAGUUAGCCGACAUCAUCGACCUGUUCUCCCCACAAGACUGCCAGACGUUCCUGGUGCCGAUCACACUCGCGCUGAUGGCGGACAAAGUGGUACACAUCAGACGCACUUGUUACACGGUGGUAUGCCAACUGGUGCGACAACUAGGCUGUGAGGGCGACCAAAAGUACGUAGAGGCAAUUAGCGAACAGCUGAAGGUCCGAUUCGCAUAUGCCUCCACGUGGUCGCAGCGGCAGUCAUAUGCCUUCCUAUGUGGGAGACUCGUGGCCGAACAAGCGCUGCCACUGCCCGACUGGUGCCGACUCUUCCUCCCGAACCUGAUCCUCCUGGCGAGCGACAGAGUGCCCAACGUCCGCAUCGCCGUGGCCAAGAUGCUGGCGACCCACAUUGCUUGCUUAGAGUACUGCCAGAACCCAGAGAACGAGGCGACACACAAGAUCCAGAAGACGCUCGAGCAGCUACGCAAUGACAAAGACAGAGACGUGGGUCACUUCGCCAGCUAUCCCGUCAACACCGAAAUCUACGUUGACCCUCAAGACCCUACGUUAUAAUGGAGGUUACACUAGACCUCCUCCUUUCUACUCUUCCUCUGUCUUCUUUUCUCCUUUCUCUCUCCCUGCCAUCACGGGUGUGCAAGAUGCACCAGCACACCAUAAAAUCUUGAUUUGUGAAGCAUAAGGCAACUAGGUUCAUUGCCAUUUCUCUCUCGCUCUGUCUUUCGGGUGAAAAUGAGGGUUUCUCUUAUUCCAGCGUUUCAAACGAGUUUACAGCAGGAAUUGAGCCUGAAAGAUAUACUUGAUUUUUAGGUUCAAUAUGAAGGGUAAUUUCACAUUGAAAAUGAAAUCCCCCUUAGACCUAUACUCAUUUAUUGUGCUUUAAAAAGAUAUUGAUAUAUAUCAUCAAACUUCACCUCCAUAUUGGUACAGAGUACGUGUGUCCAAUGUUUGGUGAGAUGAGAGGUGCAUUAUAGGCUGUGCAUCUUACAGGUGACUCCCCUUGUUAUAAUAAUCACAUGUACGCUGUUAUGAUAUUGAUGCUCACUGUUCUUUGGAUGGGCAGCCCAAACAUUUUAUGUGCUUUGAAAAGUACAUAUUUAUGUACUCUUUGAUUGAUAGGACAAAUUUUAUUAUAGCCGAUAUCAUGAUACAUGAUUAUUAAUUUGGCUUAUGUUGUAAAUUGGGAUGUGUAUAACAACUUGUGGGUUGUAGCUUGUUCCUUUUUACAGAAGAAGUUUUUGAUUUUUAUAUAUAGCAUUUUGGUCCUUGUAGGUCCCAUGAAAUGAUUACACUAUAAAAAGCUUUUAAUCGUCUAAAACUUCCUUUACUGUGUCAUUGAGGAACUGUUUUUGUUUGCCUCUAGGGCCAGCCAGCAUUGGGGAAAAGUGCUCACUGAACAAAGCUCAGCCUGUGUUAUCACAGUCCGAUGAGGGAAAAGUCAUUGGUGUUCGGGCAAUAACCUCCCACUCCUUUUUAAAAGAUUAUUUUUUUAUUUUCUAAAGAAAAGUCUCUCUUACUUUCUCUGUAUGUUAGCCUGCAUUGUGAUCUAAAAAAAAAGCUGGGCAGUUGCUGAUUUUUUGGGUCGAAAUUUGUAACCAGAUAAUCGGUUCACUUCAAUGAACAUGAUAAGGUUGAGGUGAAUAGUCAUUGACUGAUUCUCUUUUAUCACAUUAUUUUUGUCUGUCAGGAGAUAAAUUUGAUCAGUCAAACUUUGUCUGAAUUUUGUAUUUUGUAUUAUAGUGCAGGAUCUGUAUGAGUGUCAUUUAUUUUUUCAUUUUUUAGCACGCAUUCAGUUGUCUGUUCAAAGAUACUUAAAAAGUCUCAUGGUGCAUGAAAAAGUGACCAUGAAAUUGAGUUCCAAGUUAAUGCCGUAAAGCAUAUGCUGAUACUUUAAGAAAGGGUAAUUUCCAAGCAAGUGCUUACACCCCCCCCCCCCCCCCUUCCCCCCUUGAUUAAUGCUUGAAGCAUUUUAUCAUAUCCCUCGAGUUGUCUUUCAGUGCGGCCGAAAGAAAAGAAGAAAAAUACCUACCUAAAAUGCUUAGCUACACGAUCCAUUCCAAAGCAUUCAUACCGGUGUGCGUGUGUGUGUGUGUGCGUGUGUCUCUGCAUUUGUACUCGUGCAUCCUCGGGCGAACGGCUCUCCAGGCCAGCGUCUCUCGACUGCAAGGCGCCUGCUCGCUCCUGCCGCGGCCGGGCGCUUUCCGCUCUGGCCCGAACAAGAUGAGGUAUCUCUUCCCCGGACAAACACUCAGGGUUAUUCGCAGAUGAAACUAGAAUGUUUUUAGUAUACUGAUUCUUGAUCUUGGAUGUAUGCUGAUUGUGAUAAAAUGCAUUGUAUUAUAAAUAUAUAUAUAUAUAUUUUUAGUUGAUUAGAAGAGGGCAUUGGGGCUGAACUUUUAAAGAAUCCAGCAGAAAAAAAUAAAAUGCUAGCGAACAGCGAACGUAUGGAAUCUGAUUCAUCUCACAACUUGAAUAACUGAACGUUUCUCUCACCUGCAAACUUCCCGCUGGGCGACACUGGUCAUCUGGUUUCUCUUCUUAUAACCCAUUUUGCAGCAUAUGCUUUACACCUCAACGACCUGACAUACAAUUGAACUCUCACGACAACCGGCUGACUCUAUGCCAAGAGGUAGCGAGCGAGCGAGCACGUGUGAUAGUUUUUAUCUUCAAACGCCCCUCUGCAUUCACUUAUAAUUAUUAUUAUUAUUAUUAUUAUGAUUAUGAUUAUUAUUAAUUUGAGUAAUUAAUUAUUAUCUUAUGUUUUGGCACUUAUCAUCCUUUCUCCUUUUAGGUCAAAUUUCUCCUCUGGCCUAAUUUUGUUCAUUAUUUAAGAAAGCCAUAUAUUUUUGUGUAUAUAUCAUCCUUGAUACAAAUUGAUUGUGCCAUUUUGUCAAUUAUGUGAUUCCAUUGAACGACUCAAAUGUAGGGUUUUGAAUCAAGAUUUAAGCCUUCUUUUUAUUUCUUUUUAACCUCACUGUAUAUUGUCAUAUUGUACAGGUAUGAAAUAAAAUUAUGAAAUGUA